GGCCUCCGUCGGGUCCGGCCGCUGUGCAGCAGAGCCCGCCGCCCGGCCGCGGCCGUCGCCCGAAGUCAGGCUGCUGUCCCCAGCCCCAGCCGCUCGGCCGCACCGGGUCACGGCGAGGCCGCAGCUCGCGCUCCCGCCCGGGACCCCGCCGCCCCCGCCCGCCGGCGCCCUCGGUCCCCUCCCCCGGGCGGGAGGAGGAGACUCCGCGGCCCUCCCUCGGCCUCCCGGCGGCGGCCGCGGCCAGCAGCGUGCCCGCUCCACCCAGCCGCGGCGGCCCGACGUCCGGAGCCCGGCAGCGCCGGCCCGAGGUCUGAGAAGGGUCCCUCACCAGGUGGCCAGGCGUGGCAGCCAUCAUGCCACGGAGUAUCGUGUCCGCACCGCGUUCCUACCGCUGUUCCUAAGUCCGGCCACGAGUUCGAGCCCAGCACCCGCCUACCCGCGCCAUGAGCCACGGGCCGAGCCCUAGGCUGGUCGAGUCCCCGCAGCUGUCCAAGGGCAGCCUCCUGACCAUCUUGGGCAGCCCGUCGCCCGAGCGCAUGGGGCCCACCGACUCGCUGCCGCCCACGCCGCCCAGUGGUACGCCCUCGCCGGGACCACCACCCGCGCUGCCUUUGCCGCAGCCGCCUGCGCUGCUGGCUGACGGGGACUGGGAGAGCCGCGAGGAGCUGCGGCUGAGGGAGCUGGAGGAGGCGCGCGCGCGGGCUGCGCAGAUGGAGAAGACGAUGCGCUGGUGGUCGGACUGCACGGCCAACUGGCGCGAGAAAUGGAGCAAAGUGCGCGCCGAACGCAAUCGCGCGCGCGAAGAGGUUCGCCAGCUGCGCCAGCGCCUCGAUGCGCUCACCAAGGAGCUGGCGGGUGCGCGGCGGGAGCGCCAGGAGGCGCAGGGCGAGUGCGAAGCUCGGGGCCGAGAGCUAGCGCGGCUGCGGGGCACCCGGGGCGCAGCGGACAAGACUCCCGACGGCCUGGACCCCGAAGCCGAGCAGGAGCAAGAGCCAGUCCGCGACGUCGGGUCCGAGAGGCCACAGGGCAACCAGGAGCUGGAACUGGUGGAGACCCUGCUGAAGAGCAGACCAGAGGAGCCGGAGGGCUGCUGGGAGGUACGCAGUGUGGGAGCUGGAGCCUCUCGGGGCAGCUCAGGCCGCCAGGAGCGCAGCCGGCUGCCCUGGGAGGACACAGCCGCCACCGAAGAGGAUGCCUCCAAGUUGACUGCCCUGCGGUUGCGGUUAGAUGAGUCCCAGAAGGUGCUGCUCAAGGAGCGAGAGGACAAACUGGCACUGAGCAGGAACAUUGAGAAGCUGGAGGGGGAGCUCAGCCAGUGGAAGAUCAAGUAUGAGGAGCUGAGCAAGACGAAGCAGGAGAUGCUCAAGCAACUUAGCAUCCUGAAGGAGGCACACCAGGACGAGCUGGGCCGCAUGUCCGAAGACCUGGAGGACGAGCUGGGUGCACGGUCCAGCAUGGACAGGAAGAUGGCUGAGCUGAGGGGCGAGAUGGAAAGGCUGCAGGCUGAGAAUGCAGCUGAGUGGGGCCGCCGAGAGCGGCUAGAGACUGAGAAGCUGGGCCUGGAGCGGGAGAACAAGAAGCUGCGGGCACAGGUCGGGGACCUGGAGGAGGCGCUGGCCCGGCGGCGGCGGCAGACAACCAGUGCCCUGGACUGCGAUCUGCGGGCCAGCCAGGCCGCACUCUUCGAGAAGAACAAGUUGUCACAGGAAGAGGAACUGCUGAGAACUCGUCCUGUAUCCAGGGUCCUAGAAAGGCUUCCUGGAGGGGGUGACAUUUGACAUUAUUUGCCGGUGGCCUCAUUUGGGAAGGGAGAGGAAUGGGGAGUGAGGUGAGUGAAUGUUUCAUGGUGAGAGGAUGGGGCACUGUGGAGGAAUGGGAAGGCCAGUGUGACUGCAGGGAGUGAGCAGAGGGCCAGAGCAUGUGAGGUGGGUACCCGGCCAGCUGGGCGGGCAGCGAUGGGAGGGCAGGCCAGCGGGGAAGCCACGGCUGUCAAGGCAGCAAGGACGGCUGGAGACCAGGACCAGGCUGGAUUUGAUGGAGUGAAAUGAAGGCUGGACUCAGGAGACUUUUAAACAGCGUCAUCCCCACUUCACAGAUGGGAAAACUGACCGGUCCCAGAGCUCAGGGCUGGUCAUUUUCCCUGCUGGCUGCUACUCCUCUUCCCAGCCACUUUGACCUCUGAUCUCUUUCCUCCCACACCCAUUGCUCAGCUUAGUUUGUUUCAGAUCAGCACUUCAAAUGCCAUGGAUUCAUUACCAAAGACUUCAGACCUUGUGCCCCACACAAGUGCUGCCCCAGCUCCAGGUUCCUGCUCACAUCUCACAGUCACAUAUCUCAUGUGGAGUCAUCUCCUGGCCUGCUCUGUUGCCCCCUGAGCCUUCUCAGCCCAAUAAGUGCCAUCUCUUUCCCCCCACACGCUCCCUAAACCUUAGUGCUUGUGUUUUGAAUAAGCAACAACCCCAGGGAGAAGAGACACCCGCCCCCCCAAGUGCUGUCUGACCUGCGGGACACUGUAGUGCGGUGCCCAGCGACACUGAGCCCUCCCUGGCUG